AAGCGCAUAAUCAUAAGCAUAAGGAAAUUGAUUGGUCCAUUUCUUUAUGCAUAAGGAAAUUGAUCAAUCAAUUCCUUUAUGCUUAUGAUUAUGCGUUUAUGCAAAAGUAUGUGCUCCCCGCUUUAUCCUUGUUUAACAUUCGGUGAACAACAAGGAUAAAUAAUGCAUCAUGCGCAUCGUGCAUGAAACGGAACGCAGCCAUUGAAGAUCCCGCGUGGUGACAAUCUGACGAUGCAAAACUCCGGUUUCAAAGUUACUAAAAAAUAAAUUUUUAGGGUUUUUUUCCGUUUCAUGCAUGAUACGCAUGCGCAUCGGAGUUUAUCUUUUUCUCUCCAUAUUGGAAGAAGAAAGAUAAGCUCUGAACUAGUGCAGCCAGUUCAGCUAUAAAGAACAGACCUAUAUAUAUUUAUAUAUAAAUGCAUUGAGCGUGUUUGACUUUGACAUUCGUUUCACAUUGCGUUUUAAAUCUUUAGAUCUGUACAUAAUUAUCUCGUUAACACGAAAUAAAAUGCGAUCUGAUUUUUUUACAUGACUCAUAUUGCAAACAUAAAACGUUUCGAAAUCGAUGAUCAACAUUCGCUAAUAAAAAAAAACAAAAUGCGUAGCAGAAGCAACUCCGGUGUCCGUUUGGACUACUAUCAAAGGAUUGUUCACAAAAUAAUCAUGAAUUAUCAGAGUCCUGUCACUGGGCUCUUUCCUGCAAGUCCUGAUAAUGAUCACGCUUGGAUACGUGAUAAUGUUUAUUGCAUACUUGCUGUAUGGGGUCUGUCAAUGGCCUAUAAGAAGAUAGCAGAUGCCGAUGAAGACAGAGCAAAAACUUACGAACUCGAACAAAGCUGCGUCAAGUUAAUGAGGGGUCUGUUGAUGGCAAUGAUGCAACAGAAGGAAAAAGUGGAGAAGUUCAAAUCCAGUCAAAAUCCACAUGAUGCUUUGCAUGCAAAGUAUAGCUCUGUUAAUGGUCAAUCGGUAGUUGGAGAUACAGAAUGGGGACAUCUUCAAAUCGAUGCCAUUUCUCUGUAUCUUUUAAUUCUGGCCCAAAUGACAGCUUCUGGCUUACAGAUUGUUUUCAAUUUGGAUGAGGUGGCCUUUAUUCAGAACUUGGUAUUUUACAUUGAAUCCGCUUAUUGUACACCAGAUUAUGGGAUUUGGGAAAGGGGGGAUAAAACUAAUCACGGCUUACCGGAAUUAAAUGCAAGCAGUAUUGGUAUGGCUAAAGCUGCGAUGGAAGCAAUGAACGAAUUGGAUUUGUUUAGCGCGAGAGGUGGACCUACAUCGGUCAUUCACGUUCUGGCCGACGAAGCGCAGAAAUGUCAAGCAGUGCUACAAUCCAUGUUGCCUAGAGAAUCAAAUUCCAAAGAGUUGGACAGUGGUUUACUGUCGAUCAUAAGUUUCCCUGCGUUUGCAGUGGAUGAACCUAAUUUAAUUCACGAAACACGAGACGCCAUCACCAAGAAAUUGCUAGGACGAUAUGGUUGUAAAAGAUUUUUAAGAGAUGGAUAUAAAACGCCAAAGGAGGAUGCAAACAGAUUGUAUUACGAACCAUGGGAACUUCGUAUGUUUGAGAAUAUCGAAUGUGAAUGGCCACUGUUCUUCUGUUAUUUAAUAUUGGACUAUUGUUUCCAAGGCAAUAAAGAAGCAGUUGAAAUGUACACUAAGCAGUUGGAGGAUGUAAUGAUUAAAACAGAUGAUGGUAUGAAAUUGAUGCCUGAAUUAUAUUCUGUUGCAUCUAAGGAUGUAUCAGCAGAGUAUGCCGAACCUGGUAGUCAGAGCCGAAUAGCUUUAGGGAAAUGCCCAUUUAUGUGGGCGCAAUCUCUUUAUAUCCUAGGAAAAUUGCUGCAAGAAGGAUUUCUCGCAGUUGGAGAGUUGGAUCCAUUAAAUAGAAGAUUAUGCAGUGAGAAAAAGCCAGAUGUAGUGGUGCAAGUAGUUAUCUUGGCAGAAGACGCAGAGAUCAGGGAAAAAAUUGCACAGCAUGAUAUUCAUGUGCAAACAAUCGCAGAGGUUGCGCCGAUCGAAGUACAGCCUGCAAAAGUCCUCAGUCAUCUAUAUACAUAUUUAGGACGCAACAAGAAACUAGGCUUAUCCGGACGUAAGUCAAGAGAUGUAGGAAUCCUCAGCACUAGUAAACUGUAUUCCUUGCACGAUAAGAUAUUUGCGUUCACGCCUCAGAACAUUGACACGGAGGAGAACUACACGACAAACGACGUCGACCUGCUUGUCGAUACUUUCACAACCACCUUGGCCUUCCUCAAAAUCAACUGGAAGCAAAUGCUCGGCAGACCAACCGUAACCCUUGUCGCUACUCAUAAUCAUUUAGAUCAGGGUAAGAUACCGUUAGCCAUGAUAACUACCAUGAAGAAGCUCAAGAGCGGCUACAUCAACGGUACAAGAGUAUCAUUGGGAAAUUUGAAUGAUUUCUUAAGCACGUCGUGUAUCACAAAUCUUAGUUUUCUGGGAAGUUCCGAGGAUGGUCGUCCUGAUAAACUAAAUCCUCAGAUUCAACAAUAUUUGGAGGAACAUCUAAUGCGGCCAUUUCCUCAUCGUACAGGACUUCUCAAUAAGCCCGGUCCAAUUCGUACAGGAAAAAGUCUACGACGCAAAAUGUCGGUGAAAGGCGCGAUAAAAAAGACGCGAUCCAUAGCUGUCGAACCCGAAAUUCUUGGGAUGGCAGGGGAAGACCGUAGACCUUCUACUAUUUUAACUGCAAAUCCAUUUAUUGAAGUGACAGACACCACAUUGUCUCUCAAUUCCACUCAACCGAUGACGGUUGAGCGCACGCCAUCUCCAACGGAUGAGCUAUUAGCAUGGAGAAAUUCUUCUAAAACUAAAUAUAAAACAACGUCCGAGACUCAGUACGCUGAAACCGAGGUGGAGGAAUUACUAUCUAUGCUUCGCGAAACAGAAAGUCUCGAAGAACAAGGAGAUAUCCUGCAAUAUCUUGUAGACUCGAAAGGAUUAUACUUUGAUACGGGUGUAAAGGAAGAAGGACAUCCCGUUUUGGUGAAGGAUUUGUUAAAGAGUCUUUACGAAAAAGUAUGUCAACAGAAAAUGUGGGGUAUCGUGCGACACAGCGCUGGCAUGUUAGGUAAAAGGGUGGAGGACUUAGCAAAGGCGGUUACCGAUUUGCUAGUGCGUCAAAAGCAAGUCACUAUCGGCAUGCCGCCAAACAACGAGCAUACCAUUGUUGCGCCUUUGCCAGAAAACGAGUUACGAGCUCUAAUCCAUCAGGCCUAUGGCGACGACGAAUCAACCGCCAUGCUGACAGAAGAAUUGCUCGUUUAUUUAGCGAUGUUUAUCAGAACGGAGCCGCAACUAUUUCACGAGAUGCUGAGAUUGCGGGUCGGUCUAAUCAUUCAAGUUAUGGCAACGGAACUGUCACGAACAUUAAUCUGCACGGGCGAAGAAGCUUCCGAGCACUUGCUAAAUUUGUCCCCUUUCGAGAUGAAAAACUUAUUACAUCACAUUAUGAGCGGGAAAGAAUUUGCUAUUAGUAGUGUUGGCCGGGGCAACUUUUCUGUCAUCAGUUGCAAAUCGAGUAGACUGAGUAAGAAAUCUCAAAUUGGUGGUUUCUUAAGUGCUGAACAAAAUGCCGAUAGUACCGAAGCAGAAGCCGAUCGACAAGGUCAAUGGUUACGGAGGCGACGAUUAGACGGUGCACUGAACAGAGUACCAAGAGAUUUCUAUCCACGUGUGUGGCAAGUACUUGAAAAGUGUAACGGUCUAGCAAUUGAGGGAAGAAUGCUGCCUCAGAAUCUCACGCAAGAGAUGACAUCUGGCGAGCUGAAAUUUGCAUUGGCUGUAGAAACUGUACUGAAUACUAUACCACAGCCAGAAUAUCGUCAACUUGUCGUCGAGGCUCUAAUGGUGUUGACACUAGUAACUGAAUAUAAUGUUGUACCAUCUUUAGGUGGUCUGAUCGAGGUUGAAAAUUUAGUGCAUAAAGCAAAUGCUAUUUUCUUGGAAGAUCAGAUGACUAUUGAUGGUGAUGCAACACUAUGUUGUGCAAAACCAAAGGAACAACGUGAAAUGACGGCUAUGGGAACACUCCUCUGUGGUGGAGCAGCAUAUAUUUGUCAACACUUUUAUGAUAGUGCCCCCAGUGGAAGUUAUGGAACAAUGACGUACAUUACGAGAGCCAUCGCCGUGAUGCUUGAUUGUUUGCCGAAGGAUGGCGAUUUGGAAUGUUCAAUAUCGUAGCAAAUAUUAUUUUAGUGACAAAUGAUCUUUAAUUGUAGCAAAGAAUGUCAAUAUAAAUAUCUCAGAUAAAUCUGUUUUGCGAUUUUUUUAUAUAUAAGUUUCGCAUUGUGUACAAUUAUCUUAUAACAUUUUUAUCUGAAUUGAGAGAAAAAAUGACCAAAGUGAUCAUUAUUAAAUAUUAAUUAUGUAUUGUAGAAAGAGAAUAUUGAAAUCAAUGUUAAAAUAGUACUUUGUUAUAUAUUGAACUUUAUUGCACAUUUUGAAAAAAUGAGAAAUUGAAUCAGCAAUAUGCUAAGAGAAUAAAUCAUGUUUUGUUGGUUCCAAUAAAUCUACUUUAUUCU